GCAGAGUUUCCCCGGUGAUCUGAGAGAGGAGCUGGAGCUCGUGCAGGAGAAGCAAAUGGAAGUCUUUCUGCCAAUCGUUUGCUUUUGCUUUGCGCCCCUUUCAAAUUUAUCAAACACUUGAGGAGAUCCCACUAAGUUAGAGUGUACCUCAGAAUGCUGAAAUCGAAAGAGCUUACAGAUGAUUCUGCCACUCUGAACAUUAUAGAGGUUAAAUGUGAGGAUGUGAUUUUGCCAAUUUGCUCAAACACCGAGGAAACAUCUCCCAGAGUUCUCUGCUCAGACACAUUCCACAGAAACGAUGGAGAUGGGAUGGAGAGAAGUCACCAGUGCCUCCAGUGUGGGAUGUGUUUUAGUGAAGAGGACAGCUUCCAGCGUCACCUGCGCAUUCACGCUGGAGAUAAACCGCAUUUUUGUUCAUAUUGUGGAAAUAGUUUUAGCCUGCUGAGUCAUCUUUACUUACACCAGCGUGUCCACAAGGAAGAUGGUCCAGACGAUGGUCCAGACGAUAGUCUAGGAGCUGGUCAAGAUGAUAGUCUAGGAGCCGGUCGAGGAGCUGAGCAAAGAGCUGCUCUAGGACUUGGUCCAAGAGCUGGUCGAGGAGAUGGUCAAGAAGAUAGUCCAGACCAUAGUCUAGGACCUGGUCUAGGAGCUGGUCAAGAAGAUAGUUCAGAGAAUAGUCUAGGAGCUGGUCUUGUAGCCGGUCUACAAGCUGGUCGAGGACCUGAUCUACGAGCUUGUCGAGGAGCUGGUACAGACGAUAGUCAAGGAGCCGGCCUACGAGCUUGUCAAGGAGCUGGUCCAGGAGCUGAUCGAGGAGCCGGUCAAAGAGCUGGUCUAGGACCUGGCCAAGCAGCUGGUCGAGGAGCUGGUUUAGGAGCUGGUCUAGGAGCUGGUCAAGAUGGUAGUCUAGGAGCUGGUCCAGGAGAUGGUCUAGAUGGUAGUCUAAGAACUGGUCGAGGAGCCGGUCCUGAAGCUGGUCGAGGACCUGGUCUAGGACGUGGUCUACAAGCUGGUCUAGGAGCUGGUCUAGGAGCUGGUCUCAAUAUUCAUGAAAAGAGCACCAUAAAACCUCAGGACUACAAACCAGACAAGCCCCACGGCUGUCCAGAAUGCGGGAAGAGCUUCAAACGACGCACCGAUCUCAGAAUUCACCUGCACGUCCACACAGGCGACAAACCGCAUCACUGCACGGAAUGUGGGAAAACCUUCAACCGGCGCAGCCAUCUCCAGCGACACCAGCGCAUCCACACCGGAGACAUGCCGUAUCAGUGCUCCACCUGCGGCAAGAGCUUCAACCACCAGCUCCACCUCGAGAUCCACCAUCGCACCCACACGGGAGAGAAGCCGUACUCGUGUUCGCAGUGCGGAAAGAGGUUUAAUCAGAAGUGUCACCUUCUACGCCACGAGCGAUUUCACGCCGGAGAGAAACCGUUCCAGUGCUCCGAAUGUGGAAGGAGCUUUUCACUUCAGAGUCAUCUCCAAGCGCACAAUCGCGUCCACACGGGCGAGAGGCCGUAUCACUGCUCGGAGUGCGGCAGGAACUUCACCUUGCAGAGUCAUCUCCAGGAGCAUCUGCGAACUCACACCGGAGAGAAGCCGUACCACUGCGCCGAGUGCGGCAAGACCUUCAACCGCCAGAGCAACCUCAGACUGCACCAGCGAGUUCACUCCGGAGACAAGCCGCACAAUUGCUCAGAGUGCGGGAAGACCUUCAUCCAGCGCAGUCAUUUCCUGAGACACCAGCGCGUUCACACCGGAGAGACGCCGUACGUCUGCUCCGAUUGCGGCAAGAGCUUCCGAUACUCCAGUACUGUAAGUAAACACAGCUGCCAGAAGAGUCAGGGCGAAGGAAUAGAAAGUACUGAUAACAGUCCGGAUCUACUGGACCAACAAAUCAGCUGACCGCCAGAACAAAGCUUGACUUUAUUGAAUAGGUGAAAGUCAUUAAUAGCUAGCGAGCAGGAAUGCUAAUGCUAACAACUGGACUCGAGGGUGGCUACUAACUUUAAGAACUUUUUUUACAGCUGUAGUUGGUUUCUCUGGUCUGAAUCAGUCUGAUGUUCUGAUGAGUUUGUUUACUUAAGCGUUUUCUUCCUCGGUUUGGUUUGUUUUCACACAGGCAAAAACGUUAAGGCAAUCAAAUCCCCAACAAAUCACGUAAGCAUGUUGUCUCCUCUGAUUGGUCAGAGCUGUCUAAAGUAAAUGCAUCUCAAAAAAUUAGAAUAUCAUUAAAACGUUACUUUAUUUUAGUAAUUCAUUUUAAAUUGUUUGACUCAUAUAUAUUAUAUAGAUAUAUAAAACACAAAGUGAUACUAUGCUUCUGAGACUCCAUACACUAUAUACUAGUGCAUGUAAAAACAAUUAUUUCAUUGGAAAGUUACUUUAUUUUUAAGCAAUUCAGUUCAAAAUGUGAAACUCAUAUAUUAUAUAGAUGUAUUAAACACAGAGUGGUUUAUUUUAAAAGUUUAUUUAUUUUAUUGUUGAUGAUUAUGAAGCUUACAGCCAAUGAAAACCCAAAAAUCAGUGUCUCAGAAAAUUUUAAUAUUAUGUAAGACCAAUUGUACUUUUAGCAGUGUGGGCAGUGUGCCAAGUCCUGCUGGAAAAUGAAAUCCGCACCUCCAUAAAAGUUGUCAGUAGCAGAGGUUCAGCAUGAAGUGCUGUAAG